AGCUAACACAGUUUAAUUUGUGGUUAUACACUUAAGAAGACGAGAACGAAAAAGAUCGUAUUAGUAUCUGAAUUGUCCCACAGAAAUAAAAAUGAAAUCCUUUGUGGCUCUGGUACUGUUUGUCUCCCUCGUUCACCUCGACCGGAAGUCUGUCGAUGCUCUGAUUCCACACUCGUAUGGAGAACCACAAGCCAUCGCGAGCAAUACCAACGAUGAUGAUGAUGACAACAACAAUGGCUACCAGAAUGUCCCACCUGUAACUCCUUGUCCACUAAACAAACUGCCGAAUCCAAAACCUAAAGCAUACGUAGUUAAGACUACAACACCGCCAGAACCACCAACAACAGCUACUACUACAACCACAACCACACCAAUCCCCACCACAACCACAACCACAACCACGCCAGUCCCAACCACAACCUACAAGGCACCAGCGCCAAUGAAGGAUAUAAAAGUGAUACAAGGGGCUAAAUACCAAUCGAAAGUACCGUUCAUCGCAUCUGUAAAGGGCGUCUGUGAUAACUGUCUCAUGACAAAUGGAGUUGGAUACGUACCACACCCUGACUGCUCGCACUACUACCAGUGUUACUAUGACAACAACGAGCAGACAAGUAUCCGGGCGGUGGAGAGAAAGUGUUCGUUUGGUUUGUUUUGGAACCAGAAGAUAUUGAGUUGUGAUUUCCCACAGAAUGUCCCGUGCAGCAAAGACAUUUGCUUUAACACUCGACCACAGCCAAUGGUAGGAAACUGCCGAGGAUUCUGGGAUUGUAAAUCUGGAUCACCUUCAGCUCAGUGUUGCCCUCUUGGAUACUCAUACAACGCGCAGUAUUGUCAGUGUGUACCGGAUAUGACGUGUCGUGAUGUCUGUACAUCCAAAGAUGUUGGAGCGAUCAUCUGUCAAAAGCUGGCUGUACCAGACAAACGAUACUACAACCAGUGGACUCAGUCUGGCUGGGUUAUAAUGCCUUGUGCUCCAUUUACAGCGUUCAAUCCCAACACCUGUGGCUGUUCUGAGAGAAUAAUCAGUCAAGCACCAGCUUGUGUGCCCGAAGUAUAUUUACCUUUCGACAGGUCAACAGACGACCAAUCAGACAGAAAGGUGCAUGUGGAAAACAACGGAGUCAAGGUAUCCAAUGGGGUUGCUUAUUUCGACGGCAAAGGAAGUUUGAAGAUUAACAGAUUCUCCAAUGGCUGGUACGGUAGCACUGUCAUCAUCACUAUCAGAUACAAAGUGAUUGACAACUCGUGUCGCCGCGUCCUUAUCUGUAACGGAGACUGUGAUGAGCAUCCAACUCUUUUCAUUGGCUCGAACCCUGAUGGGGUGGAGUUUUAUGCAAAAACAGAGGACAACAUUAUGCCAGUGAACUUCACCAUUGCUUCCUCUAAUCACGGUUAUCAGACUGCUACCUAUAUUCUGGAUGGAGGGAAACUGAUGGGUCAAGUUGGAUAUGGCAGAUACUACGAGCCAACUAAAGGUAACCUCCAAACCACGACCAAAGCUUUAACCAUAGGAGGCUGUGGGACGUCUGAAAAUUUCAAAGGCUACAUUGACGAGAUUGCCAUAUACCUCUGCAAGCCACCAACUGUCUAUUAAGGAAAUACCAAUCCAAGAAAUCCAGAAAAGUCUAGCUUCUUUCGCUGCAUUCAUUUCGCUUUAAUCCAAUUAUGUGUACCUUUUUACUAUUACUUUUAUUGAUUUGUUUUUGUGUGUGAAGUGUAAUAUUUAAUUUAUUUAUUUAUGCUCAAACUUAACAUAGUUAAACAUGAAAUGAAACCUAACUGUAUUUAUUAUUUAUUGUUUAUAUCAAUCAUGAUUUUUUUUAUUUAACUACACGUUUAGUUUAGUCAUUGUUAUGCAAAUAUGACACCACCAGAAUGGUAACCAUGUAACAUUGUAUUAACUGGGUUUUUUUCACAACGAACAUAUUAUUUUGACCCCCUUCUAUUUAAUACGACAUAAUCUGUAUUAUGUCAUCAAUUAAUGCAAAUUUUAAUAUAUGUAUGUUAAAUGUAUAAGAUACUUUACUAUACAGUGUGUUAUGACACUAUAUUUAAAUAAUGAGACAACGGUAUAUGAGAAGCUGUGGUAUGUCAUACCCUGUCUAUGAAUACACGCAUAUAAAAGAUCCCUCGCUGCUUUAUCGGUAGGAGAAGAUGUGGCUGUAGAGGGUUUCCUUUCUGUUCAUCUGUCUAUCGAUCAAAUGUCAAAAUAUCCAUGUGAGACACAAAUAGCCAUAGUUAAAAGUGUUCUAUUAUGACGAAAACAAAUAUUCGUUUGCAAAUAUACAGGACAAUAUUUGUUCGUGUAAACAAUAUUAUUUUUUAAGUAUUAAUUAUAGACGUUAUUCUCCCCUCCCCCUUUUUAUUUAGUAUGACGCAUUACAUGUGCUCUAUGAAUACUAUCAAUGUGUAUGUAUACAGAAUAUAAAACCAAACCAGAACGCAAAUCAUGGUUCAGGUGACUUUAUGUUUAAAAUAAAUUUACUAUAGUCCGUCCGUCCCAUCCUACAAAAAAACAAAUUGUAAAUAAUUUCACUUUGGUUUGACAUAAGAGGAAAAGUAAAAGUGUUUUGGAAAUAUAAAAAAUAUACUAUUUUAACAAUCAGCUCAUAAAUAAAUAGCUUGUAGUGAAUUCCGCUGUAUGAUAAAAGGUGUUCCCUGUGGGACGGACUAUAGAUUACACGCGCUCGGAUCUGUGAACUGAUAGGCGUAUACUAUUCCCGCCUAUAAUUAUCCUGAAUCUGUGUUGAACCGUUCUUAAAGGCAAACUUUAAUCUUACAGUUACAUGUUUCUUCUGGUCUUCAGUAUAGGAUCAAACUUUUAGGAGCCGUUUACAAAUGUAAACAUUAUCCAGGCGCGUUAACGAGGGAGUGGGAAGGGUGGGGGUUUUUGUGUGUUUUUGGGGGGUUUUUUGGUGGGGGGUUACCUAUUCGGCUCCCUAGAAACAAUUUAGACCCACUCAUCUCCACUACCUGGCAUGCAUUCCUGCACACGCACCUGUUUUUACGAACAUACAAACAGUACGCUAUAAAGGGAGGUGUCAAAAUCAACAUUUAUAGGAACCCUUUUAGGAGGGGGUAACAAAACUAAAUACUAGUACCCUUUUUACACUUGCGAACAUUUUGUUAACUGGGAAUGGGACCUUAAUACUAAAAAUGCUUUUAGUAUUUUACAUAAUUUUUUUCUUCACUUUACAAUAUGUUACCAUAUGACAUCAUGCCGUCUAUAAAUACUGUUAUGAUUAUAACAAAUAGCGCCAACAAAGAAUUUCAUUCUUCAAAGUAUUAAUUUUUUGCAUAAUAUAUAUUUUUUUGGUCACUUAAUAUUUGUCACGAGACAAUAUAAUGUCCUGUUUAAGAUCAUUAAUAUGAUGUACGUGGGAUUUUUAUUUGUAUAAUGUACCAUCAACCUUUGCCGCAGGUAACAUGCUGUUUUAUGCACACCACGAUUUGCUCAUCUGUCUUUGUCAGUCAUUGUUUAUCAUGCAUACAAGUGGACAUUAAUUCACACUGACACUCUACCACUGUUCUUUGAAGUAUACACGUAUUAAUGCAGAUUAAUGCAAAGGUAAUUAAUGCAAGUCGAUAAAGCAUCGUGUAUUCAUUUUAUGAAAUGCAAAAUGUUUAUUUUGAUAAUAAAAAUGUGGAUUUUAUUUUUCAAA